UGAUGUUUCUGCGGCUAUUCGGUCAGCUGUGUUCUGCUCUCGGAACGCAUUGCGUAACGGAAACAUUAUGAUGAAAAGUAACGUGCUUGGGACGUGUGGCAACGGUGACGUAGAAAUAAUCUAUUAUGAUGAUCAAUAUCGUGACAAGUCAAUGAACGUACUUCGUAAGUCAUUUUUUCUCCAUGAAGCCGUUUGCAUUGGAUCAGAAGUGAAUAUCGAUCCCCAAGCCCAGAGAGACCUAGAACAGCUUUGUCUGGAAGUAGGACGUAGUGGUGUUUCUUUACUUGCGCGCCAUAAACCUAGUGGGGAAAUUGUUGGCGUAUCGUUCAAUCUACUACAGACACCGAGCGCGCCAGGAGAUGCGAAUUAUUUCGAGACCUUCCGUGACCGUAAUUGUGUAUCUGAGAGCUCUAAAAGUCUCAUGCAAUAUAUGAUAACCAUGGAUUCGAAAGUGAACCUGUUCGAGAAGUUUGGGAUUGAUUGCUUGUUGGAAAUCAUGUUCUUGGCCACAUUGCCAGAAUUUGAAGGCAAAGGUAUUGGUACCAAACUAGUCGAAUGUUCCGUCGAACUUGCCAGGCAACUAAAAAAAGGAAAGAGAAUGGAGAGCUUACCGGAAAAUGAAAAACGACAUCCGAAAUUGGUAUCUGCUUUGUUUACUUCCAAAAGCUCACAGAAAGUUGGUAAGAAAAACAAAUUUACUGACAUCAACGAGGUACCGCACGCGGAAUUUGUUUUCCAUGGUAAAUCGUAUAGCGAACGAAUUGGACCCGAUCAUCCAACCUCAAUACUAGUGGUGAAGGAGAUAUAAAAUUUUAGUAUCUCUAUUACGAUAACAAAAUAUUGAAACUGUAAAUGCAUGAAUCUUUUGCGAUUAGCACAUGGUAAUAAACAUUGUAAUGUACAUUUAGGGUGAAAGGGCUCUGAAUCCAAAACA